ACAGGAUAAAAAAUCGAACGAAAAGCGAGGACUGAUGACCUUGUAAGCUAACAUUCGAAGACAAUGUCCUUCUGCAGGAUAACAGGGCGAAGCAGGGGCCUGCCCAAGCCGAAUUACUUUCCCCUGCUACCACCGAUCAGUCCAGCCGACGCGAAACGCUUCUGCAGGAUCACCGGUAAGUCUUACGGUCUGCCCACGCACCACUACAUUCCAGUCCUAUUGGGCGUUCACAGCCACGACAAGUCGAAAUGCAAGAUAACAAACGCUUCCGGAUUGGGCCCGCAUCACUACACCGCCGGCUUCAUCCUCGGCGAGAAGAAGAAGCACGUGAUCCUGAAAGACUACCGUUACGUGUUCCCGGUACUGGAGGGCGAAGGGGAGCAACAGAGAGCUUUAAGGGAUCUACUGAACGCGAAGCAACCGUCCGCAGAGGAGGAACAGGCCAAGUUCGUCUACACCGUGGAGGAACGAAGAUGCAGCCUGGUGUUCCCAUCCAGACUGGAGGCCGCGGUCCGAGACGGGGACGUGAAGGACGUGAUGCUCUCCAGGGACUGCGACACCGUUCUGUUCAGACUGAAACAGGGCAAGAACGUGUCGGUGGAUUUCAAGAACUUGGAGGACUUUGAUCAUCUUUAUGACGGACUUGGGCCCAGAGAGGAUGUGUUGAAGGAGAGGGAGAAGCAGGAGGCGGAGGCCAGGAGACGUAAGAGGAAGAGGCAAGCUGGACUCAGUUACGCAAAGAAGAUCUUCGAGGAGAAAGAGAAAGCUGCCGAGGAAGAGGAACUGAGAAAGGCGAAACAACUAAGGCUCCGAAGCGUCAAGGAAGAGACGGUAGAGGAGAAGGUUGAAAAUUUGAAGAGCGUUGAUCUCGAACAGGCCAGAAUCAGGGCGUGCGAGUUGAUAUCUGUUACAGGGUCGUUGAAGGAAGCAACGAAGCUCCUUCCUCAAAGUUUGGACUGGAACUCGUUCCAGGAAGCGACCAGAUCCCCGUUGCUGCCGGUGGUGGACAAACUACCUGCUCCUAUCAAGGUGCAGCCUCAGAUCAUCGAGCAAGGCGCCUCGUCCGCGUGCACCAGUCCUAUUUCGGAGAGCACCGGUGGAUUCGAGGCGAUAUCGAUCGUGAAGCCAUUGACGCCGCUAAAGAUAGAACCGGAACCGUCUCUCCAGGACGCGAUACGGAAUAUUCCAGCGAACGAUCUCAGGGCGGUGUCGAACGUGAACGUGAAGCUUCUUCAGGCGGGCGAGGAGGCGUUGGACGAGCUUCCGCGGGUGGAGGAGAUCCCGGAGCUCGUGCAGAACAUCGGUAUGGGUAAGGAGGCGACGUUGCAUCGAAUCAAGGGUCUGAAAUUAGACAUAAAAUCCGCGCAGAGAUUCGUCGCCGGCCAGACGGUGCAGACGCCCAGCGGCCCUAUUUUCGUACCUGGCCAGACACUUCCGACACCUCAGGGUCCUGCGUUCGUUCCGGGUCUGACCGUGAACACUCCUGACGGACCGGUCCUCGUCCCUGGCCAGAUACUCACCGUCCAAGAGCAGGACAAUAAAAGGACACCUGUGUUCGUGGCUGGACAGACAUUGCCCACCGAACAGGGGCAUAGGUUCCUGCAGGGUCAGACCGUUCACACCAACGAGGGAGCUAGAUUCGUUCAGGGCCAGACUGUGCUCACCGAAGAAGGACCGAAAUUCGUCGCUGGUCAAGUGAAAGAAAAUGGAACCUUCGUACCUGGCCAGACGAUCCUCACUCCCGAUGGACCGCGGUUCAUGCCCGGUCAGACCGUCACCGAUCAUCGUGGGGAACAGGUGUUCGUUCCAGGACAGAGCGUACAGGUCGAUGAGUCCUGGGAAUUUGUGCCCGGACAGUGUAUCGAGUCUCCGACCGGUGAGACCAAGUUCGUUCCCGGCCAAACGGUCCCAACCACCCAAGGAGCACAGUUUGUCCCUGGACAGUAUGUCACCACGAGCUCUGGGGAGGGCCGUUUCGUGCCAGGUAUCGCGAAGGACACGGAAGAGGGAGCGACCUUCGUUCCGGGUAUGACUCUGGACACACCGAAGGGACAGAAAUUCGUUGAAGGUCAGCUGCUAAAGACACCAGACGGAGAGAGAUUCUUCCCUGGACGUACUAGACUCACGAACGAGGGCUUCGAGUUCGCUGCAGCAAGCAAGUUCGACGAGGUUGUGUUCCACGAUGCUGGCCCGCUUGGCAUACCUGUUGACCCGAAGACCGCUAAUGUAUCUAUCCAGCAGAGCGAGAUUUUUGGUCACAUGGUGCAAACGGAGAGGGGAGUGGAGUUCUAUCCGGAGAACGCGAAGAAGAAGCUUCCCGAUGGUAAAAGGAUCGUUCCAGGGCAACUGGUUCGAGGGGGAAAAGACGGUCCACGGUUUGUACCUGGCGUGAUGACAGAGGACGGUUUUCUGCCUGGUCAGAUCGUGAUGACAGAGAAAGGUGAACAGUUUGUACCUGGCCAGGUGAUCGACACCAGUUCUGGACCGAAAUUCGUCCCUGGACAGAUGGUGGAGACACGAACCGGGGCUAAGUUUGUUCCAGGACAGACCGUGGAGACGGCCGAUGGACCUCGAUUUGUACCUGGGCAGAUCGUCGAGACCAAAGUAGGGCCCACUUUCAUCCCUGGCCAGGUGAUCUCCACGGAGGACGAAGGAUCACGAUUCGUGCCUGGUCAGGUGGUAGACACGCCAGAUGGUCCGAGAUUUGUCCCAGGUCGUGUGGUAGAGUCUGGAGAAUUAGGGGUGACCUUUGUACCCGGACAAAUCGUUCAGACCGAAGAGGGACCACGUUUCGUUGCUCCUGACUUGACUGACACUCCAGAGGGAGAGGUAGAGUUUUCUGUUCAAGGGUUCGAGGUCACUCCCGAGGAACUGAAGCUACUGAGACCGCAGCAUUUACAUUACAAUCCUCAUGUCCAGCAUCAGGGAGAGACCAGCAUCGAUGCUAGAAUGUUAAGACAGUUGUCGGAGGCAGGAAUGUCCGUGGGACGAAAAGUGACUACAGAUUUGCCAGCUGUCGACGUUGAUGUGGAUCCAAAAGCUGUGGCCUUGGAACACGCGCUGGUAAUGGCGGAAAAGCUUGGACUGCACGGUGCUACUGCGGUGAAAAUGGCGCAGAUAGUGUCCACGGUUGCCCAGUUGGCGAAGAACAUAGCGGUCCAGCAGGAACUCGAGGAGAACUUUGUGACCUCGAAACUGUUGAACGGCAGCAAGUCUCCAGUUCUCGCACAUAAUAAUAAGAAUGGCAAUGAUCAGGAAAACGGGAGCGAGGACGACGGCUGGCUGCGCGACGCAAUCAGGACAGCACUGUCCACGGCUGUUCUAGCCGUAGCGGACGAUUCCGUGGAAACUAGUAACGAGGACAAGCAGGAUUUCGUUUAUUCCUCCAUCAGCGAGGCUUUCAACGUUCUUCUCCGACAGAAGAACACCGGUAUCGAGGAAUCUGUGGAGGAAAUCCUACAGAUCCUUCUAGUCCCUCAGAACCGAAGCAGUCUCUGUCAGUCCGCUUUAAUAGAGUUGCUGGAAAGCAAGAACAACAAAGUGGACAUACUGAAGUCCACCGUAGUCGGUCACUCCUUAAAAGACGACGUGGUGCUCGACAGACUAUCCAUGGUUCUCGAAGAAGAAAACGGAGCAGAUAUGGUCGGAUCAGCGUUCAGAACAGUCUCGAAAAACGAUCCAGAACUGGUCUCCAGAGUGCUCCAAAAAGUCUCCGAAGAGGUGUCUGGUAUAGCUACCGAGAGAGAAGCCGUGGAGACGGUUCACAAAGCGAUCGUCCACGCGGUCAGGGAGUCCAGCGAGAUCAGAGUUCAGGAAUUAUUGAACGACGAAGGUGAUAAUAUCAGAGAGAUGCUUCUGCAAGCUGUUGGAUUGGCUAGAGCUCUAGGAAUGUCCAGCACCGCGAGUAGCCUUCUGGCGGUGGUCAGCGACGAGAAGUCCACGCGGGUAUUGGCCAGCGACAGAGUGACCCUGGAUGUUCUUAGGAGGUUGACAGUGAUGAGGAAGCUCGCUGAAGAGAGGCCACCGUUCAUGAACGCUCUCACGCAGCUCUGCAGCGAUCCAGAGCUGGCGAGAACCGACCCCAGACUUCGAACCCUCGUUCGUGAAAGUGCUGCCUUGAUGAUCGUUCCGGAAGAAGCGCCAUUACAAUCCUCGGCUGAUGUGCCCACGGCUUUGCUUCAGUCGGACAACAGCCUGGCGAUGGAGGAGUUUCUUCUAAGACGAAGUCGACGUUCGUCCUCUAUCUUUAUGAUCCUGAAGCAGGGCCUGCAGGCAGUCGUGCCUCGGGAAGCUUCCAGGUCGGUUCUCACCGGCCAGGUGGCUUACACUGUUCUCGAUGAGGAUGGUAUCCAUCAUUUCGAACCACUUCAUGUCUUUUCUGCGCUGAGACUCAAUCGACCAACUGCUCAUCGGUUCUCCAUGUAUUGUUGCCCGGUCGCGAAAGAGGAGGAUCUGGAAGUCGAGAUGCUGUCCACCUUCACGGGGACAACUUCGAUCGCCAGUAGCCUAGAUGGAUCUGGAAAUGGGACUUGUCAGAAACAGGAGAGCAUAAACGGAGUUAUGCUGUCCAGAUCAGAUAGAUCGCGCGGGUAUUCCGCCAGCAGGGAGAACACGCCGAGCUUGAGGAGACUGAGCAGCUUCCAGCAAGACAAUUGCUGUGAGCGGAAAGCCUUGGACAAUUAUAUCGUCGUGAAGGAUUACAAGAGCGACACGGAUGGUUUCUCCGUGAAUGUCGGCGACAUCGUCGAGGCCCUCGAAUACGCGGAUCCAGCAAAAAAGAUCAAGCUGGAUCCUGAACUGGAGAUCGGUGAGAUCGGCGAUGUGCUGGACAACUCGGCCGCCUGGCACAAGUUGUCCGUUCGACCACGACGGAAACACGGGGAUCCACGGGCUCGAAGCAUCUCGAGAUCGAGCUCGGACACCAGCCUUCAGAGAGUGUACGUUCGUACAGCAGAUUCAAAGGAAGGAUGGCUGCCCAUGUCGAUACUAAUGCAAACCGCCCUCAGCGAGGACACAGCGAUUGGACACCGACCCGAGGACUCGCAUUAUCGAAGAGAGGCGGUAGUGAAGGAGCUGGUCGAGACCGAGGAGGAAUUUGGCAGGGACCUUCAGCUGGUCGUCGAACGUUACUUGAAGCCGCUCGACAAUCCGGAUGUCCCGCGGAUCGUGCGCGACAACAAAGACAUCAUUUUCACGAACCUGAAGCAGAUCGCUGAUUUCCACAAUACAUCGUUCGGCAGGGUGUUGAUCGAGGGCGUCAAGUACUAUGCGGAUCAGCCACGUAUGCUGGGCAAGACCUUUCUACGAUUGGAAAGGGACUUCGACAAGCACGUGGCCUACUGCAGGGACGAACCAGCUGCCCAGGAAUUCCUGCAGAUGAACGACUCCGUACGAGAAUAUUUUGAGGAGCUGAGCCAGACUCUCCGUGACGACAAAAGUCUAUCGGAACACUUGAAGCUUCCGAUACAACGCAUAAACGACUACCAGCUCCUACUCAAGGAGCUGGUGAAGUAUUCGACCCGACUAGGCGAAAACUGCGACGACCUCCAAAAGGCUUUGGAGUUGAUGCUAGGUAUCCCCCACAGGGCAACGGACAAUAAAUUCAUAAGUAAUAUCGAAGGAUACAAAGGAAAUAUCCAUAAGCUUGGCAGGCUACUCACACACGAGUGGUACACAGUAAUCGAUAAGGACGGCAAAAGCAAGGAAAGGUACCUGUUUCUGUUUAAAGCUCGCAUACUCGUCUGCAAAGUCAGACGAAUAUCGGAAGACAGAUCUGUGUUCGUCUUGAAAGAUAUUAUUCGAUUACCGGAAGUAGAGGUGAAGGACCAUCCCGAGGACGUACGAUCUUUUGAGCUACACAAUCCCUCGAGUCCCGCCUAUCCCAUCACUUUGGUAGCCCACAAGGAUCCAGUGAAGACUUACUGGCUGAAGGAGAUCCGACAAUACGCGAGCGAUGUGGUAGCGCUCGCCGAGCACGCUGCUGACGAUCUACAAUUGACCGAGGUGCCAGAAACGAAAGAAGAGAUAAAAGGGAAUCCAGGAAACCCCGCGAACCCAGCGAAUCCAGGUAAUCCAAAGGCAGAAGCGAAUCCGGGACCAAAGAAGGAAGGGAAUCCAGGACCUGAAGAAAAGGUUGCGGAGAAGAGGGGCAACCCGAGCAAUCCAGAAAACCCAGAUACCAAAAAGGCCAAGGUCGAAGAAGAGACCGCAGACAUGUCUCGAAGAUACUCAGCGAGUCGAUACAGCAGCUCGUCCAAAGUUGUCGAAGAGUAUUCUUCAGUAUCCAGUAGCCGCAAUGGCGGUGUAUCCGCAUUCGCGGAGUCAUCCAGCAGCGCGAUGAUGAUGGAGAGCAGUUCUUACCAAGGCGGCAACGUGUCUUCGGUAGAACGAACGAGCAUGUCGAAGAUCACCGAGGGCAGCACAGGGAAACCCGUGUUCGUCAAAACGAUCGAGGGAUCCAGCGUUGAACAGAUACCAGAAAAAAACGUGGAAAUGAUACACGCCGUAGCUGGAGAAGUGGCCACAUUCGAGUGCACUCUGCAGCACACCGAUUCCACGACGCUGGUCCAAUGGUUGAAGGACAAUAAACCAUUGGAGGACAGACUGGCAGAUCGCGUGACCGCCUCUGCGACCGGAAAGACCUUCAAACUCACCCUCCAAAAUGUCCUGGAGUCGGAUUCCGGUAUUUACAUCGCUCGAGCUAUGAACAGUGAGGGCCAGUCCACUUGCACAGCUCAGCUUGUGGUCCAAAAACUGACACCAGAGGAGAAGAAAGCAAGGGCAGAAGCCAACGCCCCCAUCUUCCUGGUGCGUCUGAAGGACACCGAGCUCCUGGAGAACACCUACCUGCGCUUCAUGGUUAAAGUGAAGGGCGAUCCGAACCCUGAAAUGAAAUUUUAUAAAGACGACGUUCCGAUCGAUUCAAAUCAUCCUCGCGUAAAAAUCAUCACCGAGCAAGCGGACAAAGGAUUCUACGAACUGGUGAUCGAUGACGUCCAGAAACAGGACGCCGGAAAGUACUCGUGCACGGCGAAAAAUCGAUUCGGCGAAACCUCGUGCGAAGGAACGGUGACGGUAACCGACGACAAGAUGCUUUUCAUGCCUGACAGUUUCCUCGAGCCUGGAAUGGAGCCUUCGUUCACUUGGCUGCGCGAUGGGAAACCGUUCGACCCCGAAGAACGAUUCAAGGUCCUCUUCCAGGACAACGACGACACAUUGGCGCUGGUGUUCCAACAUGUCAGGCCGGAGGAUGCUGGCCUUUACACCUGUGUGGCGCAGACCACCACAGGCAAUAUCAGCUGCAGCGCCGAGCUGACGGUCCAAGGAGCAGUGCAUCAGCUAAUGAAGGACCCGGAGAGGCCAAAGCUAGCCUCAGAAAUGAAACAUUCAGAGGUGAGCGCUGGCGGCUCGGCGAUGCUGGAGCUACAGAUCAGGGGAUACCCUAAACCAGACAUCAGAUGGACGAAGGACGGGCAUGAGAUCGUUGCUGGUGGAAGGUAUAAGUACCUCUGGGAGGACGAAGAGUCGAUGUCCCUGGUGAUCAAGAACGUCACCGCGAAGGACGCCGGUGUCUACACCAUCAAAGCGAAGAAUGAACUGGGCGAGGACGUCACGCAGAUCGAGCUGAUCGUCAAGUCCGCUCCAAAAGUGAUCAAGAAGCAAUCGGACGUGACGGUGAUCAUUGAGGAAUCGGUCACCAUGACGCUGCAGAUCGAAGCUACCCCCGCGCCAGAAGUGAAAUGGUACAAAGACGGUCAGGAGAUCAAGGAGGACAGCCGAAUUAGCAUCGUUAAAGAGGAGAACGAUCAUUACAAGCUGACCAUAAAGAACUCCAGGCUGGAGGACGCGGGAUCUUAUUCGAUCGUAGCUCGUAACGAUGUCAAUCAGACCACGGAGAUCUGGAAGGUGAGAGUUCUCAGUCCACCGAAAAUCAUCAGGGGCUUGGGCGAUGCUCAGAUCCUCAACGAAGGAGAUCAUCUUACGUUGUUCGUGGACAUCGAGUCCAGAGUACCGCCAUCUGUCAAAUGGUACAAAAACGGACAGGUGAUCACGCAAGACAGUCGCAUCAAAAUGAUGAAAGACGGUAACAGGUUCGCCCUGAAGAUCAUGGGUACCGUGGGCGAGGAUGCCGGGGUGUACAAAGCGGAAGUAUCAUCGGAUCACGGCAUGGUGUCCGACGAAACGAAGGUUCAGGUAAAAGGCAUCCCGAGGUUCAAAACGCAGAUGACCGACGUCACGGUGAACGAGGGCGCGACAAACGUGGAGUUCGUCGUGGAAGUGGACGGUUACCCAAAACCAAGCGUCCAUUGGUACAUCGGCGACGUGGAGAUCACAGAAAAAAAGAAGGAAUACACUCGCACCGAGGAGGGCGACUACUACAAGCUGACGAUGUCGGAGGUCAAGUCGGAGAUGAAGGGAAAGUACACCUGUAUGGUGAAAAACGAGUACGGUGAGACAAGGAGUACCUCGACACUGACGGUGAACUCGAGGCCAAAAUUAAUCAAGAAGCUCGCCGAUCAGAGAGUGAAGGAGGGAGACACCAUGAAGUUGAUAUUCGAAGUCGCUGGCACACCGGAUCCCGAGGUGAAAUGGUUCAAGGACGGGCAGGAAGUGUCAGCGGACGCUAGAAUCAAGAUCACCAGGGACAGCAAACGUCAAGAGAGUUACGAUCUGACUGUCACUUUGGUGAAGGGUUCUGACGGAGGUGUCUACGAGGUUAGGGCCGAGAAUGAGCUCGGUUAUGUAACCAGCAAGAGCAAAGUGAUCGUCAUGACAAAAACGGAAGAGGGCGUCGAGGAAAUGCAAAAGGAGAUCGUCGAGAAGAUCACAGUCGAGGAGGAGGAGAAAAUCGUGGAGGAGGAUGUCGAGGCGACGCCACAACAAGCUGAAGAAUCGGGACCGGAAGGUCGAGUGAAACUGGAGACACAAAGCGUCGAGGUAAUACGCGGCCAGGGUGACACGAUCACGAUCUCCGUCGCCUCCACGACGACCCACGAAGCAAUACUCACAGGUCCCGACGAGAGCCACACGAUCAGCAAGAUGACCGCGACAAAGGUCGAGUGCCAGGAAUUACACAGUGACGGUCCACGCGUCGAAGAAAUAGCCUCGUACAGUUACACGGUGCAAGAGGAGUCCAAUCAAAAGCCACAGAAUGGUGUCCUGAUAGAGGAAUUCUCGGAUGCCAGCGAGGACAAUCGUGCUAGGCUUCUGGUGAACCGAGGAGUCUCCAUAGUGUCCGUCUCUGACGACGAGUCCACCCUGAAGGCGAUCUCCAGGGACGUCAGCAACGAUGAUAUACAAUCUGCCGAAUUAUCAGAAGAUCUAAAGCUGGUGAACGGAUCGUACGAAGAGUUGAAUGGAAACGGUCUUCAGGAAAGGAUCCUCGACGAGGUGAGACCUUUCAGAGGUACCCUGUUCACGGAGACGAUCAUUGAAGAACGAUCUGUAGAAGAGACACCGUCCGAGAAAACGAUCCAGGAGACAACUCCCACGAUCGAGGAGAGCAAGUUGAGGAAACAGAGCUUAAAAAUCGAACGAACGAAUUCGAUCACGCAGAAGGCGGUCGAGAGCAAUCUGGAGGAGCGCAGAGCGUCCGUUCAGAAUGGUCUGUCGCGACAGAGCUCGAAGAUCGAAAGAAUGGACUCCAAAGAAUCGAUCAAGUCCAUAGAGAGAUCGUUGUCGAGGCAGAGCUCUUUGAAGGCUACGCUGAGCGCAGACGAGGAUGUCGACGAGGAGCUCGAGGCGCUUCUAGACCGCGUUAAACGGCAACGCAGCGUCCUUGAUGAUAUACUCGAGAAGGAAUCUAGCAGAGACUCAGGUAACGAGUGGAUUGCCCCAUCGGCUGCGAGAAUGGAUCUUUCGGAUCGACGCACCAGAGUUACUCGUCCGCCCCCUCACAUCCUCAGCGCGAGUCUUUCCGAUCGAACGAUCUACGAGACUCAGUCGGUACACUUCGAGAUCAAGGCGACGGGUCUGCCGCGACCGGACGCCAAAUGGUUCAAGGAUGGAAAGCCUUUGCGUGGGGGUGAUCGCGUGAGGAUCACCGGCACCGGGGAGAAUUUCAACUUGGAGCUGAGCAAGGCGAUCCUCGAGGACGAAGGCGUGUACACGUUUAUGCUCACGAAUAAACUUGGCGAAGACACCGCUGAAGGAUACUUGACCGUCGGAACCGUCGAUGAUCUUAGGAGACCGAAGUUCACCGAGCCCCUGCACGACGUCGAUGUGGCUAAAGGAAAAUCUGGGGAGUUCACUACUACUUUCACAGCUGAUCCUAUUCCUGAGAUGACGUGGUACUUCAAGGGCGAAGAAGUCCCGCCGGACGAUAGCCGAUUGAAGUGUACCGUACGAAAUAAACCAGCAUCCGAUAAACUGACCGAGACCACAAUUACCUUGGGCGUUCCAAAAUGCUCCGAGGAAGACACUGGAGAGUACACGUUGAAGCUGAAGAACAAAUACGGCGAAGCCGAAGCCAGCGCUUUCCUCAAUCUCCUGUUACGGCCGGAAAUCCAAGAAUUCAAGGACAUGGUUGCGCCCGUUGGAGAUUCACUCCAGUGGGAGGUCAUCAUCGUGGGAAACCCAAAGCCAGACAUCACGUGGUUGAAGAACGGAGAAACAUUGGAGAAGGGGGACAGGUUCGACUUCGAGGAAGAUAAACGGAAUAAUAAAUACAAGCUUAUCAUUAAGAGCAUCGAGGUUGAAGACGGGGGAGUUUACACUCUGCAGGUUAAGAACUAUCUCGGCGAAGUGACCGCGCAGGCGACGCUGAAACCUCAUACCGAGUCACCAACCUUCUCUAAGACCCUCACCAACGUUGAUUGCAAGGACCGUGAUGACCUUGAGUUGAAGAUCCGAGUGACUGGUAUCCCAAAACCGCAGGUCGUGUGGCUAAAGGACGACCAGGUCAUCAGGGAAGACAGUCGUCACACGAUAACCACUCACGUGGACGGUAUAGUGGACAGCACCUAUUCCAUCAAGACCUUCUCGCACAGUGAUGUUGGAACCAUAAAAUGCCAGGCGACCAAUGUCGCCGGAAGCGCUCAGACUAAUUGCCAGUUGAAGAUGCAACUGAUCACACCCACCUUCGGUCAGACUCUGCCAAGAUCACUGGACGUCGACGAGGGCGAACCUCUUGAACUUAAGGCCAAGGUGGAUGGCAGCCCUAUGCCCAGCGUCGCCUGGUUCAAAGACGGGGAGAAGAUUGUGCCGGAUGAGCACGUGAAGAUCGAGUCCCUUCCGGAUGGCAGUAUCAAGCUUACAAUCGAUUGCGUGAAACCAACCGACUGUGGAGCUUACAAGUUGGUGAUCUCUAACUCCACCGGUGACCACACUUCUCUGUGUGCUGUGGCUGUCAAACCCCAGAGAAGAAAACCAUCGUUCUCGAAACCAUUGGAGGACACAAAGGCAGUCGUUGGUCAGCCUCUGAAACUGGAAGCUCAAGUGGUCGCCGUCCCGAAUCCUCAAGUGCAAUGGUUCAAGGAUGGUAUACCGUUGCGACAGGCCAAGGAGAUAUAUUUCAUGAACGAACCCAACGGUUUGAUCGGUCUCAGGAUCGACAACGUUCGGCCAGAAGAUGCUGGCACUUAUUCUUUAACAGUGUCCAAUUCCCUUGGUGAGACCACCGGGUCUGCUAAAGUGGAAGUCCAAGAAAAGGAGAAACGACCAGAAUUCGUGACAAGUCUUCAGCCAUUGACGGUGGUCGAGGGCUUCCCGGUCAAGAUGGAGGUCAAGGUGUUGGGAAAACCAGUACCGCAGCUUCAGUGGUUCAAGAAUGGAGAGGAGAUUAAACCCGAUGGACAACGUAUAAAGGUUAUCAGCCUACCAGACGGAAGUCAGGCAUUGAUUAUCGAUAAAGCUACACCAGAAGAUGCAGGCGAGUAUCAGGUGAUCGCAGGUAAUACAGAAGGCACAUCCUCCUGCAAGGGUACCAUCAGCAUCAUGGGCAAGCUUCAACCGGAUGUCCCCGAAGAGAAACCUAGCUUCGUGAACCCAAUGAGGGACGUAUACGUCGAAGAAGGUCAGCCGUUGAAUCUGUCCGCUUCCUUCGUCGGCAAUCCCGUGCCGGACGUGAACUGGACCAAGGACGGAGCUUCUGUAGCGCCCUCGGAUCGUGUGACAGUCACCUGUGACGGAAAGAAGACCGAGUUAGAGAUCAAUCCUUGCGAACCGAAGGACGCGGGUGUCUACGAGUGUCGUGUGACCAACCCACUGGGCGAGGACUCGACCAAAGCUACAGCCAACGUUCGAAAGAUCUACCAGUCACCGAGCUUUACCCAGAAAUUCACGGAUCUUCAACAGUUGCCUACGUUCGACGCCAAGUUCCCCGCGCGAAUCACCGGCGUCCCACGACCAGAGAUCAGCUGGUACUUCAACGACAAACCGAUUUCGCAGGACGAUGACAAGUACAAAAUAAAACGAGACGGAGACGCUUGUUGCUUGUACGUGAAAGACUGCACUUACGACGACUCCGGGGUUUAUAAGUGCAGAGCGGUGAACAGAAGCGGAGAGGCGGAGUGCGUGGCCAAUUUGGCUGUGGUUGAUAAGAUAGGAAAGAUGCAGAAGGUUGAACCUCCAUCAUUCUUGAAGAGGAUCGGCGACUGCGAGGUGUACAGAGGAAUGCCAGCAAAGUUCACCGCCUGCGUCACAGGCUACCCAGAGCCGGACUUCGAGUGGUACCGUAACGGCGACCGAAUAUGGCAGACAGACAGGAUCAGAAUGGACCAAGAAGGAAGCCUGUUGCGCCUGACCAUAGCCAACAUCGACGAGUUGGACGCGGGCAAAUACGUUCUGAAGAUCGUGAAUCCUCACGGUGAAGACUCGUGCACCGCGGAAUUGAUCUACGAAUCGUUAGAACCGCGAGCGAAGAAACCACUGGCAGACCAAUACGCGGACUUCGACAAAUACCGGAAGUCCGGUGUUCCAUUACCUUUGGCAGACCGUCCAAUCAUCAGUAGGAUGAUGGACCGCCAUUUAACGUUGUCCUGGAAGCCGUCCAUCCCUAUUGGCCCUAGAAUACCAGUGACGUAUCAAGUGGAAAUGUGCGAACAGCCAGACGGCGAUUGGUUCACCGCUCGCUCGGGAAUCCGCAGCUGCGUCUGCGACAUCCGCAACCUGGAGCCGUUCAGGGACUACAAGUUCCGUAUCCGCGUGGAAAACAAAUACGGGAUGAGCGAUCCGUCGCCGUUCGCGCAGACCUAUCGAGCGAAAUUGGAGCCUGAUCCGCCCAAGUUCUUCCCUUAUUUGCCGCCUGGCAUCGAUUUCCGUCCUGAAACCAGUCCCUACUUCCCCAAGGACUUUGACAUCGAAAGGCCACCUCAUGACGGUUACGCCCAGGCGCCAAGGUUCCUCCGUCAGGAAUACGACACCCAGUACGGCGUGAAAAAUCACAAUUGCAAUCUUUUCUGGUUCGUCUACGGCUACCCGAAACCAAGGAUGACCUACUACUUCAAUGACCAGCUGAUAGAGUCCGGUGGUAGAUACGACCAAAGCUACACCAGAAACGGACAAGCUACUUUGUUCAUCAACAGAAUGUUAGAGAGGGACGAAGGAAUGUAUGAAGCUGUGGCUACUAACGAGCACGGCGAAGCUAGGCAAAGGGUUUGCCUGCAGAUCGCAGAGUAUCCAACUUUUAUCCAGAGACCGGAAGAGGUGAUCGUGAUGAUCCGAAGAACCGGCCAGUUGGUGGCUAGGGUUACUGGUAUACCUUAUCCGGAGAUCAAAUGGUACAAGGACUGGAAGCCUCUUACGUCUUCUUCUAGAAUCAGGAUUGAAUUCACGGAACCUGAUAUUUCGAUUCUCAUCAUCAACGACGCCAUAGUGAAGGACGAGGGUCUUUACUCAAUCAGCGCAGGGAAUGUAGCCGGAUCGAUCUCCUGUUCAGUGAUGCUACACGUGGAGGAGAACGAGCAUGAAUAUGGAUUCAGAACGUACAAGAGGAAAACUGAUAUUAGAACCCGCCACGACAAACCAUACGAGGACUACUAUGAUCUUGGCGAUGAGCUCGGUCGUGGUACCCAAGGUGUCACGUAUCAUGCUGUAGAGAGAUGCUCCGGAAAGAACUACGCGGCUAAGGUCAUGCAUGGCAGAGGGGAACUCAGGCCGUACAUGUACAACGAGAUGGAGAUUAUGAAUAAUUUGAAUCAUAGGAAGCUGCUGCGACUGCACGAUGCUUAUGAGAAUGACCGAUCUGUCACUUUGAUUAUGGAACUAGCUGCAGGUGGCGAACUAGUGGAUACCCUGACUAGGCAGGCAUAUUACACAGAAGCAGAGAUUGCCGGUUAUAUCAGGCAACUUCUUUGGGGGUUGGAGUACAUGCACGAUAAUCACUUUGCUCAUCUUGGCCUAACGCUCGGAGAUCUGUUGAUUUCACACACGGGAGGUGACGACCUGAAGAUCUGCGACUUUGGUCUCUCCAGACGAAUUACUCAGACGAGGCUGAUGACCUUGGCGUAUGGAAUGCCCGAGUACGUGGCACCGGAAGUGACCAACAACGAAGGAGUGUCCUUCGCCGCGGACAUGUGGUCUGUCGGUAUCAUCACGUACAUCCUUCUCUCGGGAAUCUCGCCGUUCAGGGGUAUCAACGACAGGGAAACCAUAAUGAGAAUUCGAGAAGGGAAGUGGGAGUUUGAUGAUCGCUGGAGCAGCAUAUCUGAGGAUGCUAGAGAUUUCAUUCGUGUGUUGUUGAUGUAUAAUUGCGAGAGAAGAAUAGACGUUAAGGCUGCGCUUGUGCAUCCUUGGAUAACUGGCUACACGGAUAGGUCUCCCACUGAUUUGUACAAGAUACCAUCCGAGAAUUUGAAGAACUAUUACAAACUGUAUCGCAACUGGUACAACAACGCAUCCUGCCGCACCUGGUUCCGCAGACGCAAGUUGGAGUCCGCUUUCGAGCAUCCGUCCAAGAUGGUUUAUCCGCCUGGUCACAAGUACACUCCUGAACCUAGCGACGACAGAACAUACAGUCCGUUGAAGAAACCGUUGGCUAAACCUUGGGACACCGAGAUACCAACGAGAGAACCGAUUGACACUGAGAUUGGAAUAAUUAAGAGCGAAAGUCACUACCAGAAUGGACCAGACACGUAUCUUUUGCAACUUCGGGACACCGAUUUCCCUGUACGUUUGCGCGAAUACAUGAAGGUUGCAUGUAACCGUAGCCCAGGAUUCUCCCGCAAUAUUUCCGACGAGAACUUCGACUGGAGGGCGCCCAUUAUACGCGAACGUCGUCGUUUCACGGAUGUAAUGGACGAAGAAAUUGACGACGAGAGACGGGCCAGGAUCAGUAGAUACGGUGCACCGGAUAAUUUCACCCUGAGACGCUUGAAACACGAGCUGGGAACGCGAUUGGACAGCUAUGCCGAAGCUGAGGCGAUGCUGGAGUCCAAGAAGGACGGACAUCCACCAUUCUUCCGGGAGAAGCCACAGAUCAGGCCUAUAGAACCAGGAAAACCUGCUCAGUUGGUGUGCCUAGCUGUAGGAAGUCCUAAACCGUUAAUCCAGUGGUUUAAGAAUGACAUCAUGAUCCAAGAAACCAACAGGAUAAAGGUCACUGAAGAUAAAGAUGGAAGAUCGAUACUUAACUUCAGUCCAACCAAGGAUCACGACAUAGGUAGUUACAAGGUCGUGGCCAGAAACACGUUGGGGCAGACUGUCGUUAGGUGCAGAUUGGUGGAAGCGGUUGUUCCUUCUGGUCCUGACUCUCCUGAGGUUUCUGAGCUCUCCGACACGGAAAUCCUUCUCCGAUGGAAGCAGCCCAAGUACGACGGCAACUCUCCGGUCUUGUGUUACCAGCUUCAAAUCCGUGAAGGUGACGCCAUCGAGUGGAUAGACAUCGGCACGAACAUCGACCACGAGUUCUACCUGGUGAGAAACCUGAAGAACGACACCAGUUACAACUUCCGUUUGGCGGCUCGAAACCGUAUCGGUUGGAGCGAGAAAGGAAUCCCAUCGAAACUAAUCAAGACCAGGCCACCGGGAUGUCCGAAGGUUCAGAUAACAAGAGCAAUGAGGCAUCUUCAGGAGUUGACGGAAGCCGGUCAAGAAAUUGUUCUGGAGGAAGACAGACCGCACAUGGACUAUUCCAUCGAGGAUCAUCCGAUCGAAUGGUCGACCGAGACUAAUCUAACCGGCAAAUACAGUUUUAUUUCGGAAAUCAAUAGGGGCCAGUUCUCCGCCGUGGUGAAGGGUGUCGACAAGUCCUCGGACCGUGUUGUAGUAGCCAAAAUCUUGGAGCUGGGUUCGGACGCCGAGAAACAGGUGAACAGAGAGUUCGAAGCCCUUCGUUCCUUGAGACACGAGAGGAUAGCGAUGCUGGAGGCAGCAUACAAGGCGCCUGGUUCGCCAGUCGCGGUCUUCAUACUGGAGAAGCUCCAGGGUGCCGAUAUACUCACUUAUUUCUCAAGCAGACACGAGUACACAGAGAACUGCGUGGCCACUGCCAUAUCGCAGGUCCUGGACGGUCUGCAAUAUCUCCACUGGCGAGGAUACAGCCAUCUGGACAUUCAGCCUGACAACGUGGUUAUGUCCACUGUUCGAUCAGUCCAGAUAAAGCUGGUCGACAUGGGCUCGGCCCGGUUCGUGAGCAAAUUAGGCACUCCGGUACCUAAACUUGGCCAUCCCGACUACAGAGCGCCUGAAGUCUACAACGAAGAACCGGCACAUCCUCAGACGGACAUCUGGAUGGUUGGUGUCCUAAUGUAUGUCCUUCUCUCUGGUAUGCCGCCGUUCCGUGGGAAGGAUCCUGACGAAACCAGGCAAAACAUCCUGUUCGUCAGAUACAGAUUCGAACACCUGUACAAAGAGUUAAGUCAGGAGGCUACUAGGUUCCUUAUGCUGGUCUUUAAACGGGCACCCAGUAAAAGACCAUUGGUGGAGGAGUGCCAUGAACACAGAUGGCUUCAACUAUCAGACUUUAUGAUUAAGAAACGCGAGAGGGCCGUAUUCUUAGGUAAUAGACUGAAAGAAUACAACGAGGAGUACCACGAAGAGAAAUCGAAAGUGGCAUCCGACAGUCAAACGUUGGGAAGCGAAAGCCUGUUAGGCACCACGCAGAAACUUAUAAGAUCGACCAGCAUACAAGAAGAACUGCUCACCACGUUCUAACGAAUAAGAUACGAUUAAGCCAUGAUUUUUCCAAUUUUCUUUACCUAACGUGACCGUUGAACUUCACGCACGUAUCUAGUCAGUCUUGUGGAGAGCAAGGGAACACAGUAACCAAAGAGGAGCGACGUGCAAAAGCUUCCUUUGCUUGUUCUCUUUUUUUUUUGUUAUUAUUUAUUUGUUACAACUUUUAAUUAUUUUAACAGAUGCCAACGUCCGCCGACACGUGAACGUUUCACGACCAAAGAUGGCAAAAGGAACGAUCGGUAUAUUUGAAUAUAACGUAAGAUACACCACGUUUUAACGGAUCAAGGUACAAACCGAACCCUUUGAAAUUGUACAAAAACGAUGAUGAUGUUCUAAUAAAAUCACCAAUAAAUGCUAAGUAAUACAAAUAAA